UUUCCCUCGAUCUGUUCACUGCUCUGCCAUGGCUUAUCUCCACAUCCUCAUAGUACUACUCUCCUCCCUGCAUCUAAUCCUUGGAAACCAUGCAACGACGACGAGGGACACCAUCUCAGCUGGCCAACCGCUACGCAUUCACGACAAGCUCGUCUCCCAGAAUGGAAGGUACGCCCUAGGGUUUUUCGAGGCGGGUAGCUCCCAAAACACAAGCAACUGGUACCUUGGCAUAUGGUUCAAUAGCAUCCCCAAAUUUACCGUAGGGUGGGUAGCAAACAGGGAUGCCCCAAUGAAGAACCACACCUCACUGGAGCUCAAAAUCUCCCACGACGGCAACCUUGUUGUCGCAAACCGGGCCACCGACUCCAUUGUCUGGUCGACUGAGGUCAACAUGAACUACAGAAACAACACCAUUAUUGCUGUUCUGCUGAACAGCUCAAAUCUUGUCCUAAGGGACGACGAUGCCUCCAACUCGUCCAGCAUUAGUAUAUGGCAAAGCUUUGACCACCCGACAGAUUCGUUGUUCCAGUGGGCUAAGCUUGGUUGGGACAACGCCACCGGUCUCAACCGCCGCCUCGUCUCCAAGAAAAACUCAAUCAGCCCGGCUAGUGGACUGUACCGAGAGGAGCUAGACCCUAGUGGCGUUAACCAAGUCGUCCUCGCGUCACUGAUCAGGUCCACCAAACCAUAUUGGGCCAGCGGUGCGUGGAACGGAAAUAGGUUUAACUCGUCGCCGGAGGUGUCAAGGAACGUUGGUUUCCUAUCAUUUGUAGAGACUACGCACGAGAAGUAUCACACAUACCAUGUGUCAGAUGAAGUCGAUGUUUAUUACAACUUGGGUGUGUCGGGUCAAGUAAAGGUAUUCGUUUGGCCUCAAGGUUCACAGGACUGGGUACUCGCCCAUGCCGAACCUAGAUCUCCAUGCGAUGUGUAUGCAGCCUGUGGCCCUUACACAGUCUGCGAUGAUGGCGCUCUGCCUCACUGCACUUGCAUGAAGGGGUUCACUGUAACGUCCGUUGAAGACUGGGAGCUAGAUGAUCGAAGCAGUGGGUGCUCAAGGAACACCGCACUAGAUUGCAAUUUGUCAGGUGAAAGUUCAGUCAGAUCCAUGGAUAAGUUCUUGUCUGUUCCAUGUGUUAGCUUCGGACAAAGUGAACACAAAACAGAUGGCGCUAAAAGCAGUGGUGAGUGUGCUCAAGUCUGCUUGCGCAAUUGCUCCUGCACUGCAUAUUCCUUCAGCAACGAUACAUGCCUUGUUUGGCAUCAAGAAUUGCUAAACAUAAGGCAAAUUCAAUGUGGUGCCGCAGCAGAUUCAAACUGAGGAACUCUUAACCUUCGUCUUGCAGCGAAAGAUAUCCAAAGUUUAGAGAAAAGCAAAAGAGUACUUGCUAUUAGAGCUGCUAUCGGUACUAGUGCUGCUGCUGCUGUUUUAUGUUUGUUUGCACUCAUCAUGCUGAUAAUGACGUGGAGAAACAGAAGGAAGAGCUCUUACGGGAUGUCACAAGUUGCCCAAGGUUGCAAUGGCAUCAUCACAUCGUUUCGAUACAUCGAUUUACAACGCGCAACUAAGAAUUUCUCAGAAAAGCUAGGUCAAGGUGGUUUUGGUUCAGUAUUCAAGGGGUUCUUGAGUUGCUCAACAGCAGUGGCAGUGAAGAGGCUUAACCAUGCUCAUCAUGGAGAGAAGCAAUUCAGAGCUGAAGUUAAGUCAAUUGGAAUAAUCCAACACAUUAAUUUAGUCAGAUUAGUUGGUUUUUGCUGCCAGGGUGCUAGAAGGUUGCUUGUUUAUGAACACAUGCCAAAUGGCUCUCUUGAUAUUCAUCUUUUCCGGAGCCAUACUACACUAUUGAAGUGGAGCACUAGGUAUCAAAUAGCAUUGGGAGUUGCCAGAGGACUGACCUACUUGCAUGAGGGGUGUCGCGACUGCAUCAUACAUUGCGAUAUUAAACCAGAAAAUAUUCUCCUUUCCGAUUCGUUUGCCCCGAAAAUUGCAGAUUUCGGGAUGGCCAAGAUCUUGGGGAGGGACGCUAGCCGAGCCUUAACUACAUUCAGGGGAACUAUAGGAUACCUUGCGCCUGAAUGGAUCACUGGAGUGGCUAUCACACCAAAAGUUGAUGUUUAUGCCUAUGGAAUGGUUCUAUUGGAAAUCAUUUCUGGACAGAGGAAUGCAUCUGUUUCAUGUUCUUCCAGUAUUAGCGAUCAUGACAUCUAUUACCCUGUGCAUGUCGCACGUGUGAUUGUUGAGGGAGAUGUAAUGAGCUUGUUGGACCACAGAUUGAACGGCGACGCCGAUUCCAAGCAGGUCGAAAUAGCUUGCAAGGUUGCAUGUUGGUGUAUUCAGGAUGAUGAGUCUAACAGACCAACAAUGGCCGAGGUGGUCAAGACCCUUGAGGGUUUACUAGAAAUUAACAAGCCCCCCAUGCCAACGUUACUUCAAGCUAUUGCCGGAAGCUAAGCCAUGGUUUGACUUGCUUAUAAUCCUUCUUUUUCUCAAAUGUAUCAUCUCUGAUACUUAUGGAGAUGCUUGUUUACUUUCUUUGUGUGAUUUUAUUUCAUAUAAAUUAUAUAAAAUGUAAAUUGUUGUAUAUCCAUUUUUGUAUGGUGUGUAGUGUUCAUAUGUACGCCACACAGAGUUGAUGCUCUUUAGUUUUGCAAAACAAA